AUGACGGCCUCGCGCAGGGCACGAGUGCCUCCAGCAACCGACUUGACUGCCGACUUUCGCAGUCUCAUCACGCACCGACGACAAGAAUACCCACCCUCAUCCUCGUCUGGGCAAAGUUCACGCUCGCUCAAGCGUAAAGAUCCCCCCGAGAAUGUGGUGAGAGCACACAAGCAGUGGUUGACACAAGCGUACCUCAUCCGAAAACACAUCAUCUCGUUGCUUGGCUUCUUGUAUUCGAUACGUCGAAAGUACCUGGCGCUCGGAAACAAGACGCGCGUCCAUCAUCUUCGUCAAGGACUGGAAGGUCACGACACACCCGAGGACCCGGAAGAUGCGGCUGGCGACGCGUUCGCAAAGUGGAAGGCAUUCACAGGGCCGUUGAGCGACACACAGAGGGACGAGAUCGACUUUCAGGUCAAGGUUGUCAUCAAGCGAUGUCUCGAAAGCAUCAGGGAGCUCGAGAGCGCCGAAGAAGCUCGCAAGAAGAAUGCGCCCACCACGCCGACGGCGCUUUCUCCGCUUCACAGUCUUCUCGCUCUUUCGACAGCAAGGGACUCGUCAACAUCCAUCUUGGCCUCUUCGCUCGUUUCGGCGCACCGGGCGUCCAUCACACAGUACCUCUCGACGCUCUUGUCCAGGGCGUCUUCGCUGCAGAGCGAUAUGCAAGAAGCUCGUCUCAGAGUACAGCGUGAAAAGACAAAAUCGCUAGCCAAUUCGAGGCUCCAACUGCAACAGCACGCCAACGGCGCAUCCGCAAGCACCGCAGCAUCUUCAGGGACAGCAUCAGCCCCCGCAGUGAUCCAUGGCAGUGUAGGUGGCUCGUUCAAUCCAGAGCUUGAAUCAGAAUCGGGAUUGGUAGGCAAGGACAUCAGCGCACAACUCUCGGCAUCACAGAUCGAGAUGUUUGAAAACGAGUCUUCGGAGCUGAUCAAGUCGCUCGAGUCGGAUCUGGCAGCGAUCAAGAAAGCCGAGUCGAGGUUGUACGAGAUCAGCGAGCUUCAGACGCAGGUGGUGCAGCAGCUCGAACAGCAGGGCGAGAUCACGGAUCAGCUGCUGGACGAAGCAAUUGGCGUGGGUACCGAGGUGGGACGCGGGAACGAAGAGCUGCGCAAAGCAAGGGAGCGCAGUCGAGAGGCGGACAAGUUUUUGUCCAUCUUCUUGGUGGGGAGCGGCCUUGCACUGCUGUUUCUUCACUGGAUGGACUGA